UUGAGAAAUAAAACAUAAACAACAAAAAACUUACAAAUACAACACAACUAGUUUUAUACCAUUAUAGCGGCUAUUUUCUAAGCGGGCGGUUAGCUUCCAAACUGUUGAGGAUUGUUACACCCUAAUAUCUUCUCAUUGAACCCAUACCAAUAUCCCGAUAUAUCACAUUUGUUUGUCAUUUCAUUUCUAUUCAGAUAUUGUGUGAUUGGGUAUUUACGGAGAAAACAGAAAGUAGGGACAACAGAGAACACACCACUGAUUGGUUGGGGGCGGUAACGUGUGUAUAUAUACACAUACACAGCAUUAUACAUCCAUCCUAGCCGAUGUCUGGGUACAGAGGCCAGCGACCUGGUGCUUCGAGCCGGCCGGGUUCGAUAGGCUCUACAGGUUCAUCCUAUGAUGGGUUUUCAAGGCAUCGUUACUCGGAACAACAACAUUCUUCACAGCAAAGUUCACAACAGCCCGGUGGGUCAUCAUCAGGGUCCACUUACAAACCAUACUGGCAGUCACGAGGCUCUUCAUCCUAUGGUAGCUUCAGAGGUGACAACAGAGAUUACCGUGAAAGAGACAGAGACAGGGACAGUAGGGAGAGAGAUGUAAGGGAUAGAGAUGUAAGGGAUAGAGAAGUUAGGGACCGGGAAAGGGUACCGUCGCAGUCAGAGAGGUAUGGUGCACCACGUAGAGGUGGUUAUUAUUCAUCAAUUGCAUAUUCUGGGAGGAAUAGGGAUCCUUAUUUCUCAAGGAGUCAGCCUCCAAGAAGGGGAUAUAACACAUACAAUAAUUAUUCAGAAAGAAAUGGAGGCAAUCCCAAUUACCGUGAUAGAAGACAGAGAGAGUCUUAUGGAAGUAGGUAUGGUACCAGCCGUCACUCCUCCUUGAGCGGACCAAGCUUACGAGAAGAUGCCGACAACUCUUGGAAAACUGGCCAUGAUCAACAUCACGAAUCGGAGUUUGAUAGAACGUCCAGCGGCUCUGAUUACCAAAGAGCUCCACGACCAUCACUGAUACCCAAGGACUUUAAGGAUGACGUUGAUGAUGACGAAGAAGAAGAUUUGAUCUUGGGAAAAGCCAGUCGUAACAGUUUGUCCACUGAAAAGACUGACACGGUAACAAAGAGAGAAACCAGUGUCCAUUCUGAUAGUGCACAUGAAGCAUCGGACAAUGCACAUGAAGAACCUCACCAAGAGACUGUAAGCGCUGAUGAAGAAGUUGAAGAAAAUACAAAGAGUAUCACAGAAGAAUCAAAGAAGCUCCAAGAAGAGCCAAAGAAUGUUGAAGAAAAACCGAAGGAUGCGGUACAGGGAGAAAUUGAAAUUGCCGCAGACAAUACAACAGAAACGAGAGCCGAAGAGACCACUGAUACCAAAACCUUCGAAAACUCAGACAAACAAAUACCGGAGAAGCCCUCAAAUCUGGAAGCAGUAUCCAAUGAACCGGAAACACUCCAACAAGUCAAGUCCUUAGACGAUAAGAUAGAAGCGGGUAAUGUGAGAACCGAAGAGGAGAGAAAUGGUGAUACUUCAAUGCGAGAGGAAAGCGAAGACGAAUCUGAUUAUGACCCAGAAGCAGACCACGAAAAGAUCGAGAAGGAGCUACACAUUAAGAAUGAACCCAUCAAGGAAUCCAGUGAAUCUGCGGUUAUGGUUAUUGAAAAGGAAGAAACUAAAUCAAACAUUGAUGUUGAGCCAUCUGAUAUGGAUGUGGAUUCCAAGAAUUUGACCCUCUCUAAGCCUCUGGAUUCAACGUCAAUACAUCCUUUAAAACAGGAAGAAUCCUUUUGCUUCCCUCUAAGAAGAACAGAACAGCGAGUGUGGGAAUUGAAGAACCACUCAAGAGACGAGAGAGUCAAGAGGCUUCCUUAUCUUCUAAAAACUCCGAUCAAAAGCUUAAAGGAAUUUAGUUUCUACGAGAGAACAUUACUCGUCCAUAAGCAGGGAAUUUUACCGAAGUUGAGAGAGAAACUUUCCAUUGUGAAGGGUUCAACCUUUGUUCAUAAGAUUUCAUUGCUGAAUGAGUAUGCUCAUAGAGUUGAUGAUCACUCUCAUAGGCUUGAGGAGAUGGAUAGACAGUUGAAGUCAUUUUAUCCAAAUGAAGCACAGGAAGAGGAAGAAAAGUCCAGGAUCAACGAAUCGCCAUCUGAACCACGCAGACGUUCUCGCCAUGCUGAUGUUGUUCGUUCUGAGGCAGAAUUUCUCGAGAUUUUGGAGAGUUUAGAGAAAGAAAAAGAGCAGGAUCCUCUUUACCGUGCUGAACAAGUGGCUGCUAGGAUUCCGGAUAUGAUUCUCGAUCCUAUUGAGAAAGGUCUGCGCUUUGUCAACACGAACAAUAAGGUGGUUGACAAAGAGGCUUGGGCCAUGAGAAUCAAGACCGAUCCAGUAGACAACUUUACUCGAGCAGAGCAUGAAGCAUUUUGUGAAGCUUUUCUAUCAUUCCCAAAGAGAUUUGGUCGCAUUUCAAACUCUAUGGGUGGUCUUAGAAGUGCAGAGGAGUGCGUCUUACAUUACUACAAAACAAAGAAGUCAGUCACUGAUUAUAAGCAACUCCUUUCGGCUAAGAAGAAGAGAGGUAAAAGGGGCGCUAAAUCCCGUCGUGGAAAGGCAAAAUCAGCGAGCAACACUCCUGUUGUUAGUACACCAAACGAAAGUGCUGAUGAAAAGGAACUUCACCUGGAAAAGUUCGUUCCAAAGGAUGUUUCAGAUGAAUUGUUUACUGAUACAGGACGUCCUCGUCGUGCUGCUGCUCCUGUUUUUGACUCUGAAAAGAAGACCACCCCAGACGCUCCAACUAUCGAUGCAGCAGAAAGCAAGAGACCAUUGCAAAGCGAGGAGCCGGGCGUUGAGACUGAAGAUAAAAGAAAGAAGAAGCAAAGGGUUUCUAAACCUAAGAGUCGGGUUGUGUUUGUUGGCGAAAGUACGAAAGAAGUCAAUGCUAAGGGUAAGAACAGCAUCUCGAGUUACUGGAGUGUAAGGGAUAUCGCCUUGUUUACUAAGUUACUACCAGAACUUGGAACAAACUGGUCAGAGAUUGCGAGUCGUCUUGGAACAAAGAGUGCAACAAUGGUUCGCAACUUUUACGCAAGAAAUUCCGAUUCACAUGAAACGAGUGAGAGAACACCUACUCACGAACCACAGGUUUCCACGCCGGAACCUGUUGCGAUACCAACCUCUACUACGGCUCAACACAGAAACCCACCACUUGGAUUCUUUACAGCCUCUGCUAGUGUUCCAAGCAAUGUGAACUUUACCGCUCAACCAAUUCAGCCAAAACCUGAACCUGAAACGUCUCAAUUGCCUGUUGGAAACUCAUUUGAAAGGUCAGUUCUGCCUACUGUUAGUACAUUUUCAACGUUAUCAAACCAAUACCAACAGCCCACGCCACAAGUUCAACAAUCACAGCAAGUGUCAAACUCACAAGCUCCACCUCAUUUACCACCUCUUAUGCCAAUGUCUUCGUCGAAUUUUGCCCCAGUGGAAAAACAAGAGGUUGCCAGAUCGAAUCCAUUCUCGAUCACCAGCUUGUUGAAUCCAACAGAGGUGAGGCAGCUUGCACCAUCUCUCCCAGUAACGGGAACUUUCAGCCCUGUUCAACAGAAAAAGGCAUUCUUCAGUAGCUUUGAUGCCACUAGCAACGCGAAUGGCGAUGGCUUACCUCCUCACCAACAGAUACCAGAACAAUCCUCUUUCAAUCCGUUAGACGCACUGGUUGCUGCUGCUGAGAAAAAGACAUCUGAUGAGAUACCUCACCGUGGUCGCUAUUACGACCCAACUGCAGUGUCAUCACCUCCAAAACCAAAGCUGCCUGCGUUCAAGAGCUCGUUCAGCUCAAACAUUCACAACAUGUUAAAUGACGAUAAUGGACAAUGACUGAAGUUGUGGGUGUGGGAGUGCUUCCCUUGUUUUUAUGUUUAUGUGAUUAUCUUUAUGAGGAGUUUUAAUGAUACUGGGUUUCUUUUGAAAAGAAACAGCAGAGUGAUGAUUAAUUGUAUAUAUGGGUGCCUUGUAUUAAUACAGAUUCAG